CACUGACUGUCGCAUGUGCUGCACGCUCCGAGCACAAAAACGCAUCUUUAGUUCCCACACAGCGAGGUUUCCCCGCGUGCUGAGCACGCGCUGUGGUCAACUGACACCCUACUGUCCCAACAAACGACAUGAAGGUGCAGAUGGAUGGCUUCCAUAAACUACAGGAUGACCUUGAAAAGGUUAUCGAGAAGGACGACAGUGGAAGUUCCGUCACCGAUUCAGAUGAGGUUUCUCGGUCUGAGCCUCGUACAACUCGAGAAAAGAUCCUCCAUCUGCUGCACACCAACAAAUUCCAGAUCGGAGUCAUCUGUCUCGUCAUUCUGGACUGCUUCCUUGUAAUCAUUGAACUUUUGUUGGACCUCCGAGUCUUCGAGCUUCCAGAUCAUGAAAAUCACAUCGCUCCCAAGAUCCUGCAUUACAUGAGUCUGUCCAUCUUGAGUAUAUUCCUGGUGGAAAUCGGAGUGCGGUUAUACGCCAUGCGCCUCGAUUUCUUCAAACACAAGCUGGAGUUGUUCGAUGCUGUGGUUGUCAUAGUGUCGUUUAUCCUGGACAUCAUCUACCGCAAUGCCGAAGGAGCAGCUAAUGGCCUUGGACUUCUCAUAGUCCUGAGACUGUGGCGGGUUACACGUGUGCUGAAUGGAAUAGUAAUGUCUGUAAAGAGGCAAUCAGAGAAACGCCUGGAAAGAGAGCGCCGUCUUCGUACUGCCUGUGAACAAGAACUGGCAAAAUAUCGCCAAUAUUGCUCUUCUCAGGAACGUGAGAUUGAACUUCUGCAAGGCAUAUUGAGGAAACACGGCAUAGAGUAUAUCGAAAAAUCGCAGAAACCUCCAGCUGUCAGCACCAUUGAUGUCGUUGCGGAAGUCAAUCAGUCGUCAGAUAAAACCCACGACGAUGCCAAAGCUGAUAAGCAUGAUAAGGGUGGGGACAAAACAAAUGAUGUUGGAACAUAAUGAUGUUUAGUAGUUUUGAACCUCUGUACAUAUUGUACAUAACAAUCAGCAUGUUGGGCACCAUGGUGACCAUCUUUUGUGGUUGCCAUGGCGACAACGGAUGAAUUUUUAUAUGGAUAUUGUUAUAAUUAGUCAGUCUUUAUUUUGUUGUUGCCUCUACAUUUACACAGCUAAUUGUCGGAUAGUGUCCUCUUUUUUCUAAUUCUUGUUUACUCCAAAUCCUUAAAUGAUGGAAAAAACAAUUGUGGUUGUGCUUGUUGCUGCAGAAAAGUUUGUUUUUCAGAAACAUUGCCUUUUUGUGAAAGUUUAUCUGACAGCUGGUGCAGUGUGAAACAGAAUUAAUGUAAAGACUGUGAACUGGUUAUCCAUGUGAUUCAUUCUCCACAACUCCAGGGCAUGCAGUUACUUAACUCCACUCUGGGAUAUCUGGUUAAUGGCAGUUCUCAGUCACUGCUUCAUGGUACUCGAAGGUGCUCUUUAAACAACAUGUCCUUGUGCAGAUCAUUCAUCUAUUUACUGUCACAAGUUUUGUUUUCAAAGUGUUAGAAAAUUGCUGACAUUUUGAUUUGGGUAUCAUUUCUACCUGAGUCAGUUUGGGAUAUAUGUCUCUGUUGGGUUUAGGAGAAUGCCAUUCUGUUUCCUUUCAAAAGUUUAGACUCACUAGUAUAAAUAUAGCCACAUACUUCAGGCAACGGUUUUAAACUAAAUUUUGCAAAAUAUUCCAUACUGUUUAAAGGUACUGUUUACACAUGAACUGAUGUA